AUGCCACCAGAGCCGCGACACAUCCUUGUCCUCAGUAGAGGCAACGAGGAUGCUAUCGUUGUCAACUUGCUCAAACACAAAGAGUGUCUCAUCCCAGUAUACACAAUCAGUCAUAACACCAAAAUGACCAAAAUGGAAAUCCGGCGAGUAAACUGCGACGCCAUCUCCGCAGAACACCGCCCCAUCGCCGCUAUCAAACUCCGCACACUACCCUCGAGGGUAGAGGCUACCGUCCGAGGUGUCAAGUUCAAGGUGGCACGCAAGCACCCCCUGUCUAGUACUCUCAGCUUCCGCUUCCUGGGCGUGGGCGAGAUGCUGUGGGAGGAUCUGGGCAAGCACGGCAAAGGCAUGAAGCUCAUCGAUUUCAACGGCAAAACUCUAGCUUUUUUCCGUCCGAGGCUGCACGUGGUGAAUGCUGGCCCCAGAGGAGAAGAAGAAGAAGGACACAGUUCGAGAGGGAGUGGAGAAGGCGGGAGCCGACCUGCACCUGCAAGUCAUACAAACACGAUGAGCAAGGCCGGGCGGGGGCCCGGGUUCGAGCUGCAUGCCGCUCUCGCAGAUCUCGACCUCGAUCUGGUGGUCACCACUGGCUUGGCAGCGGCAGAAUAUCGUCGGCAGUUGGAUGAGGACUGGGACUUGGUUACGGAGGAGCAGAGGGCAGAGACACGAGAGACGCAGGAGUUGGACAAAGCGCGCGACGGCUGA